UUAAACUGUUGUCUUUGCGUACUUGGAGGAAUUAAUGUCUUGUGAAACAACGAACCGCAUCGAGUCAGUCGCUAAGGGAUAAAGAGUGUUUUCGAGAAAUGCACCAAAGUGAUAUGCUUUACAACGUAAAGCAUUGGAUUUAGGUCACGUCGUCCUCUUUUGAUGUUCUUGUGAUUUUCAAGAUGUUCAGAAGAUUAGGAAGACACUCUACCAAUAUUAUCAAGUUGGCCAUUUUUUUAAUGGUAGUUGUUUCUUGUAUUUGUUAUUUGAUCAGAACUAAUGCUGAAAAUCAACAACCGGCUGUUGGACCUGUUGUCCGCAAACUUGAUAUGGAAAGAUUGCACGCCGCAUAUGAUGACGUAGAUACACUGCUUCUCUUCAUUGGCUACCCCAGAAGUCGCCAUACGCUUGUAUCUGCUCUGUUGGACGCACAUCCCAACAUAAUACUUUCCAACGAGUUAAAUUUGAUAGGAUCCUACAAGAAUAACCCAGACUGGAGGAAAAUAGAGAUGUUUGACAAAAUUGCCAAACGUUCAUACAUGUCGGCCACCUGGGGAAUCCGAGCAAGACAAGCAAAUGGCACAGUUUCCAAUUACGAACAGCUUGGAUACAAAGUACCAAAUCAGUUUCAAGGAACAUUUGAUCAGAAGCUUAAGAUCCUUGGAGACAAAUUGGGUUGGUUUACAGCUUCCCAUUUGUCUACAGAAGUAGGCAGAGAUUUACUGAAACAACUGGAGGACAAAUUUAACGUCAGCGCAAAAUUUAUUCACGUGGUUAGGAACCCCUUUGACAACAUAUCAACAAUGGCGCUGAGACUGAGAGGAUUAAGAACAGGAGAACAUACAAAAAAGGUGCAUAUCCCAGAGGCGAUUGAUUACAGUAUAACGCGGUAUUUCUACAUCGCCAAUAAUUGCCAGGCAACAAGGGAGACUCUUGGAGAUCGAAUUAUUGACAUACAAGGGGAAGAAUUUGUUCGGGAGCCAACAAAGUAUCUUCGAAAAAUCUGCGACUUCCUGGAUAUCUCAUGCUCCGAAGAUUAUCUUCGUGACUGUGCGUCAAUGGUUGACCCUGUUCCAUCUAAAACUAGAUCGUUAGUUGUGUGGACGGAAAAGCAGAUCCAAGAAGUCAACAACCUAAUGCAGCCACUAGAAUUCUUGAAAUCGUACACUUUUUAGAAUUUAAGGUGAU